UCGUAAGCGCGGAGGUGAAUAAAAACCUACCAGUUGUCGGGCCCAAACAACACGUCACGGCUCACAGCCUAUAAUACAUGUACUUCACAUGAAUGCAUUUCAGUUCUCAAGACAGACUGCGUUUACACGGCAACAAACGACCAACUUUCGCUAUGCAGUACGAGGACAUUUUGCAGCACAUUGGCCAUUUUGGCAAAUACCAAAAACGGUUUGUUGUGCUUCUGUCCCUGAUACAACUCCCAACGAUAUUUCAUUUCUUAGCUCAGGUGUUUCUGGCGGCCAACGCCGAUCAUUGGUGCCUGGUCCCGGCCAGCCAGGCCGUCAACUGCAGCCUGCUCCAGCUCGACUCGUCUGCCUGCCAGGAAGCACAGAAGAACCAGAGCAUCCCGUACGAGUUGGACUCCCAGGGAAGUCGAGUUUACUCCUCGUGUGAGCGAUACGUGUUAGAUGAUGAGGGAGAAGGCGACCAAGGUACCAACUCGACGGAUGUCGUCGCCUGUGAUGCUGGCUGGGAUUUCGAUCGAUCUCGCUACAUAUCCACCAUAAAUGAUGAGUUUAGCCUGGUUUGCGACCGGGAGGAUUUGGCAGGCCUGGCCCAGUCAGUCUGGUUUGCUGGUCUGCUGACGGGGUCCUUGGUAUGGGGUUCGGUGGGUGAUUGGUUGGGAAGAAGGAAGACAUCUUUCCUCAGCCUAGCCCUCGUCGCCGUCUCAUCAAUUGUGACGACCUUCGCUCCGAACUUCGCUGCUUUUGCCGCCUUGCGUUUCAUUACGGCAGCCUGUGCAUUCGGAGCCUUCCUCAUGACGUAUAUUAUCUCUUCGGAGAUAGUUGGACCGAGCAAGCGCGUGCUGGUCGGGACCGUGGCGGCAAUAUUCGCCUCCAUUGGCUACGUCAUCCUGUCCAUGCUUGCAUACUUUAUACGGGAUUGGCGCCACCUCCAAUUAGCAAUUUCGCUUCCAUAUGUUGUGGCGUUCCUACUCGUAUUAGUUGUGCCCGAGUCUCCCCGCUGGCUGAUUUCGAAGGGUCGCUUCAAAGAAGCCGAGAAAAUCAUCACAAAAAUCGCCAAAGUCAACGGCACCAAGGUUCCGGAAAACCUGUUUGAAAGUCUUGAGAACAUCCAGGAAAAUGAAACGGAUCCGAAGUCCAGCUCCGCUCGUCGGACGACCGUCUUGGAUCUUUUCCGGACCCCAAACAUCCGCAAGAAGACUCUGGUUAUCUUCUUCAACUGGUUUGUGACCAACAUGACGUACUAUGGGCUAUCCCUCAGCACCUCCUCACUGGGCAUAGAUGACUACGUGGCCGCCUUUGUAUCCGGUGCCUUGGAGGUACCAGCCGCCCUUUUUAACUGGUUCGUCAUGGAGAAAUUCGGCCGACGUUUCUCCCUGUCGGCUCUCUUUGUGUCCGGAGGCGUCUUCUGCCUGAUAACCACCUUCGUUCCUCUCGGUGCUGGCCGGGUCGCGGUGGCUAUGAUUGGCAAGUUCGCCAUUACUGCAGUAUUCAAUCACAUUUAUAUCUACAGUAGUGAGCUCUACCCGACCGUAAUCAGGGGUAUCGGCCUGGGAGCAUCUUCCAUGGUAGCCCGCGUGAGUGGGGUGCUUUGCCCCAUCAUCUUGAUCCUUGGCAAAUACUGGCAACCACUGCCUCUCUGUGUCUUCGGAGGCAGCUCCGUGCUGGCCGGGAUGCUGUCUCUGAUGCUGCCGGAGACCUUGGGCCGUGACAUGCCGGACACUAUUCAAGACGGAGAGCAAGCCGGGAUGGGUCCAGGGCUCAGUGUGUGCCGCAGGAAAGAUCUUAAAGACGGCCUUGACUCCAAACCUCCCGAGAACCACCUUCCACUCUCCACAAACAACAAAUCUGCGACUGAGCCGGUGGCGAUCUGAGGUCUGAAGUUAAAAGUCGAAGUCCCAAGCUGUCUUUGUCUUGUCAUUUUCUUAAUUGGUUCGUUGGCUAAGAAUCGCUGAAACAGUGUUAAGCUUUAUAUUACUGAAUGACUUUAAAAGAAGUAAAUGACAACCGUUUUAAACUUAUUUUUCUCAUUACCAGCUUCCUACUUCAUGAUUUACUUUUUUUCUGAAAAUUAAAACUAGUCGAUUAAAAAUAUAUGGUUCGUUAGUUAGUUAGUUCGUUAGUUCGUUCAAUUCAAUUCAAUAUUACAUUUAUUUCCAUACUGAAACAAUAAUAUAACAGAAGCAAAAUACAAUAUUGUGGAGGCACAAUCCUAAUAAGACAAGGUUUGUAGCUGAGUGCCUUUAGAAGAGAAAACAAAGACAUUUCGUUAGUUAGUUAGUUCGUAACAAACGUUGACAUUGUCCAUUGCUUCUACAUUUUUUGGACCGAUUUCAACCAAACUUUGUCAAACUUAGUAUCCGUGCUAGCACAGCCCCAACAUGUCACAUGACCAGACUGGGGUCAAAGGUCAUCAUGGGGUCCAGGUCAAAUAACGUCAAAUUUCAAAUAAGCUCUUGGCAAAUAACAAAAGCGCUGUCAAGAUGUUGGCCUUGGUCACACAUGUUUAAAAUAUCCAUGUGACCUCUUCGUCUGACCUACAGUUACGGGGUCAAAGGUCAAUAUAAGGUUAACACAUAUUCGUUGGCCCGCAGCUUCCGAGAUCCGAUCGAGCUUGUUUUAAUUUUAACUGAAACUUUGUAUAAAAACAAGUAAAGUUAUUUUAUAGAUUAUUUAUCACUUACAAAAUAUGUAAUUUAUUAUUUAUAUAGGAGAAACGUGGAAUACUGAUGCAGGUUUAUGUAUAGGUCUAGGCUUAUCUAACUGGACUUUCUUCUGCGUCUGUUUAAACAUUUUAAUAUUUUCCGAAAUUUUUGAUUUAUCAUUUUGGUCGGUUGGUGGAAGGAUUUAAAGAGAUUUUAGAAUUGUUUGUACUGGUUUAAGGGUAUAUAUACAUAUAUAUUUAUAGGAGAAACGUGGAAUACUGAUGCAGGUUUAUGUAUAGGUCUAGGGUUACUGCCAAAAAAAAAAAA